AUGAAUACAAUUUCAUUAAAACAUCACUCUCAUCAAAAGUUAAGAACAAUAAUCUUUAUAACUAACUACUUUCCCUCACAAGCACUCACACUUUCACCAUCAAAGAAACAACCAAAUCCAACCCCAUUUGUGGAUAGAGAUAGUUUUUAUCGUCAUGCAACCAAUGUCUGCCUUAACAAUUAUAACAACAGGAACCUCAACCCAUCAACAGAGAAAAAAGCACAAAACCAUCGAUUCAUCUUGAUUCCUGGAGGAGUAGGUAUUGGCAAGACCAGAGCUGGCAAAGAAAUUGCUGACAUCCCUGAAGAUAUUUUAUGGGACAUUUCGCAAGAUAAAGAAUUUGUCUCAGCAAUGAGAGACCCAAUACAUUGUUAUAUCAACCUCAAUUGUGGUGGACAAUGUUUUGGUGAUCUUGACCAUGAAGUGAAAGAGUUAAGAAUUGGAGCUCGUAUUGUACUCUGUCAAGAUUCGGAAUGUGAAACCCUUUUCGCACUAAAGAAGAAGUACAAUGGCUAUGAUGGCCUCGAUUUUGACACAGUCAUAAAGUCUUUGCUCGCAAACAACCCCUCAAAGUUAACAGCAAUCAUUAUUCAUAUUGAUGAGUACCAAUUUUAUAUCGAUAGAGCUAUGGAAGUCAAUGGAAUGGACUUUAAAGCUGCAAGAAGUUUCUUUAAAGAAAUGCUUAGAGUAAUAGGUGGUCACAUGCUCGCCAAUACUUCCGAUUUUCACUUUAUUAUCCCGAUUUGCACUGGUACCUCUGACAAUGACGUACACUAUGCUCCAACUGAAAAUUCAGUCCCAGUAUUUAACCUGGUUCCUCUCGAUAGGGAGAAGUGCGACGAUGUUAUCAACUUCUACCUCACCAACAACAAGGAACUCAUUGGUGCGCCAUACUUCAAAAUCGCCAUUCAAGACACAGGCUACAUCCCAUUCCUGUUGAUCGAGCUCCUCCAGAAGGCAAACAAUCAAAUAGUAGGAUUCGCCGAAUCGGUUUAUCAAGAGUUUGUUGUAAAGUGGACCAAGUUAAUGGAAGGCCUUUUAAUGUCAGAACGUGACAAGAAACUAAUGAUGAAUGCCAUUUGCGCACUUGCUUUCUCACAUACACCAGUACCGCUCGACUUCCCAUUAUUAAAGCUUCCAAACGGAGAGUUCACCAUCGAUGAUGCAAGCCGUACUGGUAUAUUGUAUUUAACUCCAAAGAAAAACAAACUCACCUUCCACGUAUUCAUCCCAUUCAUGAUGCUCAAGUGGCUCAACAAUUAUUUGGACAACAAGUUUUUCCAUCCAGAUUUGUUAUUCUUCCCAAGCGCUGAAUUCCCAUGGGAUUGGUUACAUUUCGAGUACCUUUUCCCACCCUUUUUUGUCUGCCGGGUCGCAGCAUUGCGUCUGUCAAGAACUCUAAAUCAGCAACAGAAACCCCUUUUGUUUAAAUCAAUCUUCAGAGGAGCCAGUGGUAAUCAACCAACAUCAGCUCAAAGACUACCAAUGCACGGCUCAAAGGAUGACAAGGGUGGAAAGUUUUUAACACUUAUCCAAUGCAAACACUCUGGUAUUGGCCACAAUGGCAACAAGAUCGUUCGUGUCGAACCAAAGGACCUUCGUGAGUGGUACAAAGGUGUAAUGAAAGAGAUUAUUCCUGCAAAAGGCGAGUCUAUGAUACUUGUAUAUGCCACUAACAGGGAGAUUUGCUUUCCAGACAAACGUAUUACAAAAUUCAAUCAAUAUUGCGAAAAAAACAAACUGAACAACCUGACUUUCAUCACCCAACCAAUGACCGAUUAG